AUGGCUGGCAGUUACGAUUCCAAUCCAUUUGGCGAAGAAGAAGUUAACCCAUUUGCGAAUCCUGGAAGUGUCCGUCCUGCUGCAAACUCAGGGCUCUCACCUCUUCCUCCUGAACCUGCCGGCUAUGAUCGUUCUACAACUGUUGAUAUACCUCAUGAAAGUUCAAAGGAUCUGAAAAAGAAGGAGAAGGAACUCCAAGCUAAGGAGGCUGAACUAAAAAAAAGGGAACAGGAACUGAAAAGGAGGGAAGAUGCUAUUGCCAGAUCUGGAGUUGUUAUCGAGGAAAAAAACUGGCCACCAUAUAUCCCUAUUAUUCAUCAUGACAUUGCAAAUGAAAUUCCAAUUCAUCUACAGAAGCUGCAGUAUGUUGCAUUCACAACAUUGUUGGGUUUGGUAGUUUGUCUUCUAUGGAAUAUUGUAGCAGUUAGUUUAGCUUGGAUCAAAGGGGAAGGUCCAACAAUCUGGUUUCUUGCUAUUAUCUACUUUAUAACUGGUGUUCCAGGGGCCUAUUUGCUGUGGUACCGUCCUCUUUACCGUGCAAUGAGGACUGAUAGUGCUUUGAAGUUUGGAUGGUUCUUCUUUUGUUACCUGUUUCACAUUGGCUUCUGCAUCUUCGCUUGUGUUGCUCCUCCAAUCAUUUUUAAAGGGAAAUCUUUGACUGGAAUCUUGCCCGCUAUUGACGUUUUAAGUGGAAAUGCUAUGGUUGGGAUAUUCUAUCUUGUUGGAUUCGGAUUCUUCUGCCUUGAGUCCUUGAUUAGUAUAUGGGUCUUACAGCAAGUGUACAUGUAUUUUAGAGGGAGUGGAAAAGCUGCAGAGAUGAAGAGGGAGGCUGCAAGGUCUACUAUGAUGGCAGCAUUGUGA